GUGGCGCUGGGGUUGGCAAAGGUCGUUGCAGGUGCGUGGACCGCAGGCUAAGCGCUGUGCCUUAGGUGUGGAGGAGGUGGUGCGGAAGUACUCCCUAUGUCCAGUGAACUGGAUGGCUCCAGAGGUCCUGCGUGGCCAAGAGAUCCGACAGGCUUCGGAUGUCUACUCGUUCGGCCUCCUGCUGUGGGAGAUGCUCUUCCGCGCUGUGCCUUACGGAGACUUCUCGAUCGCGCAGAUUGUGGCCGCUGUGGGCCAUGGACGCAGGCAGCUACGCACCAGCGCCGCCUCUUCUGCCUCCGCGGGGCGAGUUUUUCUGCACGAGGUGGUGGAUCACUGCAUUCGUUGGGACCUGACAGAGCGACCGUCUUUCUCAGCGACGAUGGCAGAGGAGCAGAAUCGGCGGAAUAUGGAAGCUAUGCAGCGGGCCAUGCAAGGCCCCGAGAUGCAGCAGGCCAUGCAGCAAAGUAUGCAGAUGAUGAGUGAUCCGAGGAUGCAGGCAAUGCUGCAGCAGCAGUUGAGCAAUCCGCAGACCCAGGCGAUGAUGCAGCAGAUGGCUGCCAGCAACCCGGCCAUGCAACAGAUGCUGGCUGCUCAAGGUGCAUCAGGUGCGCCGGCGGUGGUAGGAAUCGCUGCGCGAGACAAGGGAAGCCGACGAGCGAAGAAGAGCGAAGAAAGGUGUCCUCGGGCGGCUGAGCGGCAAGACAGAGGUGAAUGGCUGCGCGUUGACGACGACCUCGUGGAACAGUAUCCUGACGACGAGGAGAAGUGGAGAGCACUCAUGGCCUUCCGGACGCGCCUGGCGCAGAGCGGUGAGUCCGAAGGGUAA